UGUGGGUUCUUUUCAGACUGCUGAUAACAAUAUGAAUUCGGGUGCAGAACUUCCUGGGUUUUACUAUGAUGCGGAAAAGAACAGGUACUUCCCCACCAAAGGUCCAAUACCCGGCUCCCGUCGUGUGACUACUGCUGCUUCUUCUUCCAGCGCUCAAACACCGGCCCAGGUGAGCAAUUCAUGUAGGCGAACCAGAGUAAAAACUUCUAAGCUGCUUCAUGACAGGGAGUUAUGUGGUAAUCUCAUCGCUUCCAGUAAAGGAAGGUGUAACUUUUAUGAGGAAUUCCAAAAGGCGCAAGUAUCCCAUCCUGUGGUUUGGAAGUAUCAGGGAACAAAUCAGUUAGGUGAUGGUGCUUUGGAGCGGAUUCGCAUGGAUGUACAGACAGGAGAGGAACUAACUGAUACGGACUUUGUAUUAGCAGGUGGCGCUGAUGGCUCUUUAAGUAUUUUUGAAGUUGGGAAAGUUGGGCAGGGUCUUGAGUAUGGGCUGAAAUGUAAGGCAGAUCGUGUCUGGCCACUGUUGAACGAAAGUCAACUAGAGUGUAGUGAAGUGCCUGGGCACAUAUGGAGACCAGCUCAAGCUACACCACGAAUGCCAUCGAAUAUAUCUCGUAUAAAAUUGUUUGGAAAGCAGUCUCCUGGCACAGAAGAUGAAAGUUCACGCACCCAGCAUAUGUUGCUUGUCUUAAGGCGAAACAUUUAUGAGAUUGUAACUUUCAACUGCACUAUUUGGACCGCAGAUUGUGAACCUGAUGGGAGUCGUGCAGUGAUUGGAACCAACCUGGGAGCUGCUUUGGUGGAUUUGGAAACUGGGCGGGCAUCAUGGCUGUUACGUAGUAAAAGUGAUCUUUUGGCACAAAAACUCGUUCACACAGUAAUUUAUUAG